UCCCUGAACAGCAAGGAUGGCAGCUGGGGCUAAAGGCAAGAGGACCCUCGCUCAAGGCCUCGACUCCCAACCUCAGCAAAAAGUGCAGUUAAAAAAACAGAUCAACCUCUUUCACUGUGUCUCUAUAAUCGUCGGGAUUAUCAUCGGAGCAGGGAUUUUCGUGUCCCCAGUUGGGAUCCUCUACAAUGUGCGCUCUGUCGGAAUGUCUUGUGUAAUGUGGGCGCUGUGUGGAGUUUACUCGACACUCUGUGCCUUGUGUUUUGCAGAACUUGGUGCUUCGAUUCCAGAAUCGGGAGGGGAAUAUGUGUACAUUAAACGUGCUUUUGGAGAUUGUCCGGCGUUUCUGUGUCUGUGGGUGAAUCUUAUCAUUCUGUGCCCAGUGGGGGUGGCCGCUGCUAGUCUGAUAUUUGCCACCUACAUUCUUCGUCCCGUCUUCCCCGACUGCGACCCUCCCUCUUCAUCUAUCAGGCUCCUCGCAGCGAUAAUCAUCAUCCUGUUGAUCGCGUUGAAUUGCAUGAACGUGAAAUGGGCCACCAAAGUACAGGCUGUCAUCACCGGCAGCAAACUCAUCGCUCUCCUCAUCAUCAUUAUCAUCGGAUUCAUUUGGCUUGGCAAGGGUGAGACCGAACAGUUUGAGAACUCGUUUGAGGACAGCGAUUAUAGCGCCGGGGCCAUUGCUGUCGGCUUCUACUCCGGAUUCUGGGCCUUCGGGGGCUGGAACUACUUGAACUUCCUGUGCGACGAAGUGAUAGAUCCUCAUCGCAAUGUUCCGCGAGCUAUUGUCAUCUCCAUGGCGAUUGUCACCAGCGUCUACAUCACCGCCAACAUUGCAUACUUCGCUGUAUUGUCACCGGCGGAGAUACUCGACUCUACUGCUGUCGCUGUCACGUUCUCCGCCGUCACCGUGCCUGUCCUGCAGUGGAUUAUGCCUGUGCUGAUAGCCGUGUCUGUGAUCGGAGCCAUGAACGGAUCUUGUCUCUCCAUGUCCAGGUUGUUUUUCGCUGGUGCUAAAAACAAUCACUUGCCAAGUUUAAUAUCAAUGAUCACAGUGAACCAUCUAACACCGGCGCCAUCCUUAAUAGUUAUUCUCAUCCUGACUCUCAUUAUGCAGUGUUUUGAGGAAAUAUUCUACCUCAUCGAGAUGAUGGGAUUUAGCUUUGCGACGGUGUUGUGUGCAGUUCUGGCUGGUCAGGUUUACCUCAGAUGGAAGGAGCCAGACUUGCCCCGCCCUAUAAAGCUACCGGUGGUCGUACCUAGUUUUCUCUUCAUAGUCAGUCUGCUCAUUUUCAUAUUAACGAUAUACCAGAAGCCCCAUGAAAGCGGAGUCGCUCUUCUGUUGAUGCUGUUAGGAGUUCCGGUGUAUGUAGUCGGAACUGUCUGGUCCAAACCCACGUCAGUCAAGCACAAAUUAGAUUCUUUUACGAGGUUGAUACAGAGGUUGUUAUUAGUCCUUCCUGUAGACAAAGACGACAACUUUGACUGAGGAUAUGUGUUGGAUCUUCACGCAGAAGGGUGUGUCACCGAUGUUCAUUGACAGAGACACAGCUACAUAUCGCUGACUCAGUAAUAUGAUAAUAUGACCCGUCAUCUUUUUGUGUUUCGUGAAACAUGACAAUCCAUUCUAAUCUACAGCCUUACAAUAUGCACGGACUUCAACCACCAGGUGUGUUCAGUUUAAAAAAGCUUGAGAUGAGGCGUGACCAACGAUCAUACCUCGUUAUAAUGCCAGGGUUUCAGGCAGUGGCCUUACACCGAAGCACGCCAGUACGAUGUGGACUGGCUAUAAUGAAAUUAUGUGGAUCACCACCUAGCGUAGACUUAUCCGUCCUGUCGUUCUCAUAGCAAUGUAUGUUGCGGAGACGUUAUUGGCGGUAUAACGGGGUGUGUUUGGGGAUAUAUAUAUGAUGCCAUAACAAGAUAAAAGGGAGAGUUCAGUUGGGUGGAUGAGCUAGGUGAACGAACUGGAUGGUUGGUUGGUUGGUUGGUUGGUUGUUUUACGCCGCACUCAGCUAUAUCCCAGCUAUAUGGCGGCCAUCUGGAAAUAAUCGAGUCUGGACCAGACAAUCCAGUCAUCAAUAUCAUGAGCAUC